UGUUUCUUUUCAGUUUGAAUUUUCCUUCAAGUCGGUACCAGUCAAGACUCCUCGUAGGAAAUCAUCGCGCCAAGGUGACUGACCAUGAGCUGGGCAGUGGAGGAGUGGAAGGAUGGACUUCCAGGCAAAGCCCUGCAAAAGAUCCAAGAGAUGGAAGUCCAGCUGGACAAACUGAAGAAAGAAAGGAAUCAAAAACAGUUUCAGCUAGACUCUCUGGAGGCGGUCCUGCAGAAGCAGAAACAAAAGGUGGACAGUGAACGCAAUGAGGCAUCUGUUUUGAAAAGAGAGAACCAGUCAUUAGUAGAGUCAUGUGACUCUAUAGAGAAAGCACGCCAAAAGGUUGCCCAUGAUCUUGGGAUCAAAGAGCAGCAGGUAAGCUAUCUGGAGGGCCAGCUCAACUCUUGCAGGAAGACCAUAGAGCGAUUGGAGCAAGAACUGAAGAAGUAUAAAAAUGAGCUUGAUCGUUCUCAACCUGCUGGUUCUUCCUCCUUAACUUCCUCCUCGGAGCUGCAGCCAUACACCACUCCACAGAAGACUUUCCCCACUCCAGUCUCAGCUUACAGACAGCAAGAUAACAGACUAGAGGACCUUCAAGAUAAAUACAACCAGGAAGUGGAAGAAAGAAAAAGGCUAGACAGUGAACUCAAAAUACUGCAAGUCAAACUGUUAAAUCAGUCGUCUGCCAGCGUGAGCCACAAAGACAUUGCUGCGCGGCAAGCGGGAUCCUCCGUAUUUCCAUGGCAACAGCAAAAUCGCCAGUCUCAGGAUGCUACGGAAACGCCUCUGAAGAGGCGGGCCACAUCUCUGUGGGACACCCACGAGGAGACACCCAUCAAACCCAGCCAGCGGAUGAGCUGUGACAGACCAGCGCCUAGUCCGGGUGGAUCACAACAGAUGGAGCAACUGAAGAACCUCAACCAAGACCUGCGUGGUCGUGUGUCAGAACUGGAGAGGAGUCUUUCCAGUCAUGAAAGAGAGAUCUCCAGCCAGGUCUCCAAGCUGCAGGACCUACAAGUUCAGCUGACCCAAACCCGCAAAGAUCUGAAUGAAAGGGACAGAGACUUGGCUAAAACCAGCCACGACCUGCGUCAGAGCACAGACAGGCAUCAACAGCUCGAGGUCAAGUGUUCCUCAGUUGAGCAGAAGCUUAAACAAGUUACAGAGGAGAUGAGCUGUCAAAGACACAACGCUGAGAGCUGCAGACAAGCUCUGGAACAGAAAAUCAAGGACCAGGAGAGAGAUGGCCAGAAGGAGCUGUCGCAGCUACAACGAUCCCACCAGGUUUUGGAGCAGCAGAUGGAGCAGACCAGAACUAAAUUAACACAGGAGAUCCAGCAGUCCAAAAAAGACAACAACAUCCUGCAGUCUGAUAUUGAUAAGAUAUGUUUUCAGAAGAGUCACUUGGAGAGGGAGGUGGGGGAGCAGAAACAAAAGCUGCUGCGCUCUGAACAGAGCCUCCAGACCAGCCAGACCAAAGAGGAGGAUCUACGCAAAAAACUAGAGGAACACCAGAGAGAAAAGAACAGUACUUCUGUCCAGUUAGACCAGAGCAACAGGCGUCUGUCUCAGCUGGAGGAGGAGAAAAAGACCUUGGACCAGACUCUCAAACGUAAUCAGGGCCUACUGGAUGACCUCAAAGCAAAAUCUGAAAACCAACAAGAAGAGCUGAAGAGACUUCAGUCUAAACUGGAACAGCAGACUCAGGCUUCGACACGCGAGCUAGCAAACCUGAAUAAGAUGGUUUCUGACACAGAGACUAAAAAUGAAAGAUUCCAGAAAGAAAUGCAGAAACAGAAACAAGAGGCAGAUCAGUCGACCAACCGGUUGACGCAGGCUGUAAAAGAGAGUCAAGAGCUGAAGAACAGUCUUGCUGCGAGUCACGACGAGUGCAAGAAACUGACACAAGAACAUCAAGCUCUGCUUGAUUGGAAGAAAGAAAAGGAGAUGCUCAUCAAUGAUGUAGAAUCCAUGCAGAAGCAACUUACAGACAAGAUUGAUGUGUUGGACAACAGUUUGAGCUCCCAGAAAGAGGCAAACGAAGAAAUGAAGAAGCAAUUGAGGAAUGCAGAGGAGGAGCAGGCCAGGCUGUCAGCACACAUUGACAGUCUAAAGGGAGAACUUCUCAUCAAGAUUACAGAGCUGGAGGAGAGUGAGUUUCAGUACAAGAAGCUUCAGACUCAAUCUUCUGAGGCGGAAUUGAAGCAUAACAAAGAUCUGGCAAACGUUGGCGCACAAGUGGCCCAGCUUGAAAUACAGGUCAAAGACCUACAAGUGAGGUUGCAGAGAGAAACCCUUCGAGCUGAGCAAGCUGAGAGGAGCAUCACUCAGCUGCAGGAGGAACACCAAGUGGCCUACAACCUGGCCCUCUCCAAAGACCAGCUGCUAGAAUGCAGCCAAGCUGAACUACACCAGCUGGAGGAAAGGCUCGCUCGGGCCACUGCAGAGCAUGAGGACAGAAGUUCAAGGUUGUCUGAGGAGAAAGCUGCGGUGCUGAGACAAUGUGAGGAAACCUUAGCAGUGAAGGCAGAGGAGGCAACGCAAACCAAGCUGCGUUUGGAAGAAACUCAGCAAGAGCUCUUACUUGCCAAAAGCCAGAUUAGCUCAAAGGAGCAGUUGCUGAAGGUACAGCAACAGCUUGGAGCAGAGCUUCAGAAACAAAUCAAGGCGAUGACAGCUUGUGAAGAUGAACACAAAAAAGCAGAUGCAGAAAAAUUGCAAAAGUUGCAACAGUUGGAGGAGGAAUUGAAGGAUGUGCGCACCCAAAUGACGGAGAAGGAGGGCCAGCUCAGAGAAGGCGAGGCUCAGGUUUUGUCUCUGGAGAAACAAAAUGCAAUCCUGGAAAAUGCUGUUAAAGAAAUGGCUAAAGAAACCAAGCUCCUCAUGCAUGCACAUGAUGAGAAGGUGAACAAGCUGCAUGAGCAGAUGCUAUCUUUAGAAGAAGACUUAUCUGCAAGCAAAGAUGCAGCUGAGAAACUCCCUUUGCUAAAGAGUGAGCUGGAUGUGGCCAACCGCUUGCACGCCGACCUCAAAAAGCAACUGGACGCCAUUGAAAAUAGUCUUUCCUCCGUGACCGAAGUCAAGACCAACUUGGAAAAAACCUUAACUGAAAAAGUCAGCUUGUGCUCUGCUCUACAAAAAGAAGUCGCAGAGCUCAGGCAGAAGAUGAGUGACUUUUCUGAGAGUCACGCUUUGGAAGCUCAAAGUUUCCUCCACAACGAAAAGAGCCUCAGAGAGCAGCUUGGAGCCGCAGAGAAAGCCCUGAGCGACAUCAAAGAGGAGACUAGUCACACACGAACAGAAAUGAAGAGCAUGAAGACCACUCUGUCUGCUGCUUCACAAGGAUUGGAGGAACGAGACUUAGCGAUAAAGAGCUUAAAAGAACAGCUGAACAACGCAGAAGCAGAACAGGCCAAGUCCUCUGAGCAGUUGAAAGAGAAGAUUGUUGCUAUGAACAAAAUCAAGAUGCUGCUGGAAAUGCUUCAGAUGGACCUGGAAGAGAACGAAACAACUGUAAACUCUUAUCAAAGCCAAGUACAGGCACUAAAAGAGACGAUCCAGUCACUGGAGUCUGAGUUGGCUCAUAAUCAAACUCGGAUAUCAAGCAUGGAAGACUGGCUUGAGGACAGCAAAGCCCAGGUUUCUGUCUUGGAAUCCCGGCUUGUGGAGGUCCAGUCUCAGAACUCAGUGCUAGAGACACAGUACUUCACAGCCAGAGAGGAGCUGUUGGAGAGGAGCUGUGAAAUAACUCGCCUGGAAGGUGAUGCUAUCAAUCACAGUCAGCUUGAAGAAGAAGUCGCCGCCCUGGAAGCUAAAGUGGUGUCUCUCAGCGAGACCAUUAAAGACAAAGAAGAUGAUGUCAGACAAUCACACCAGGAGAAAAAUGGCCUGAAGGCCACACUGAGGCAGUUAAUAGAAGACAAAGAGCAAUCACAAACUAACAUAACGGAGCUGAAUGUGAAGAGUCAGCAGUUAGAAACCAGGCUCAAUGUGUUAGCUGAGGAGAAUAAACGUCUGCAGACCAACAUGCAGCUGUUAGCUGAGGAGAAGCAGCUAUCAAUUGCAGAGAAAGAGUCAGUACUGAGGCAGCUCAAUGAGAUGAAAGCCCAAUUUGAGAUAAAUUCUCAACUAGAGACUCAAUUCAGUGUGCUGGCAAAUGAGCUGAAUCUAGCAUUGGAAGAAAAGUUACAGUUGGAAGGAACAAAUAAUCACCUAAAAGAGCAGAACAUGACGCUGCAGACCUGUAAGGCCCAGCUGAUGGAGGAGACGCGCCGAUUUCAAGAAAGUAUAGCAAUGCAUGACGACAAAGUGGCUUCUCUGCAAGAAGAGAAGGAAUCUAUCCAGAACCUCUUGCUGUCCGCGCAGCAAGAGUGUGAAAGAAUGAAGGGUAAACUUGAAGAGGAUACCGGAGCCAGUAACCAGCUGUUUGAGACGGAGCAGGCUGAUCUCCAUCAGAAGUUGUCGUGUUUACAACAAGAGCUAAGCGUAUUCAGGCAAAAGUAUGACUCGCUGCUGGAGCAGGUGGGCCAACAACACCAUCUCAUACAGCAGCUGUCCGAGGUUCAUGACAAGCCAGGAGAAAAGUUUAGCUCUGUAGAGCCUGAAGAGGGAGACUUCAGCACAGAGACAUCAGGCGACAACGACUUGGAACCUGCACGAGACUCUUUGCCAGUAAACGAGUACAAAAUGGAGGAACCCUCAAGCCAGCCCAAUAAGGCUGCCAGUGAGACAGAAGCAGUCCUUGAGGUAAUCAAAGCAGAUGUGAUUGAGGACAUUGUGGAGGAAGACGGGGAUGCAAGCAUUGAAGAUGGGCAGAAAAUGCAGGAGGAUCAUCACCAGCAGCAAUUUGAUCAAGUAGGAAAUGCUCCUGAGGAGAACUGUCCCAAGGCUGUCUUUGAAAACAGAGCUGCUGCCUGUGAGCUGUCAUUGUGUUCCACAUCUGAGGAGACUAGGGAGUUAAGACCCAUGGAGACAGAAAUAGUUGUGCAGUUACAACACAACCAGGACAAGGAAAAACUCUCAGCGCAAGAAGAGAAAGUCCAGGCCCUGCACUCUGAGAUUGAGCUCCUGAGCUCUGACCUUGCACUGAGGAAAGAGUUGACCUCUGACCUCCUGGCCCAGGUUCAAACCUUGGAGAAUAAAGUAAAAUCAGCAGAAGAAGAAACGUCUUGUGCAGCACAGAAGCUGAACAGUGCUCUGCAUGAGAGGAACGGCCUCUCUGAUCAGUUGUCAAAGAUGUCAGAAGAGAAGAACACAUUAGCCCUGCAGCUCCAAACCGCUCACUGCCAGCUAACUGAUGUCAUGGAGAUGAUGGAAGGACUAGAAAUGGCCAAAGGGGGGUGGGAUGAGAAGUUUCUUCAGCAGGAGAGUGAGCUGAAGAGAGUUCGCUCAGAGAAAGCCAACCUGGAAAAGCACAUCCUGGGCAUGGAGUGUGAGCUGGACGCCCUGCAGGAGAAGCACAGCAGUCUGGAAGACGAGCUGGAAACUCAGAAGAGGACAUGCUCAGGCUUGGAGCAGCAGAUAGAAACACUGUCGACUGAGACACUCCAGCUAAGAACUGAGCUGGUUUCCUGCAUCGAGGAGCGAGAUGAGCUGAGCCAGUCUGUGGGACAAUGGCGACAAAAGGUUAACAGGCUGGAGAAAACCAACUGUGAUACCAGGAGUUUGAUGUCCAUCCUGGAUGAGGACAUUAAAACAGGGAGGAAGGAAAAUAAAGCUUUGCAGGGCAACAUAGACAAAAUCAAGACAGAGAGACAACAGCUGUUAGACCAGUUGAAGGUGUUGGAGGAGGCGAUGUCAGAGCAGAGUGGAGAGAAAGACCAGCUUAUGGGACAGCUUGAUAAGAUUAAGGAAGAUCGCACAUUUGCUGAUCAAAACACAGAGUCUAUGUUUAGCAAGAUCCAGGCUUUGGAGGGAGAAGUGAGCCAGCUGACUCAGUCUCUGGAAUCUUCUCUACUAGAGAAGGGUGAAAUCGCCUCUCGUUUGAAUUCUACUCAAGACGAGAUCCAGCAGAUGCGAAACGGCAUUGAAAAGCUCCACGUCCGCAUUGAAUCUGAUGAGAGGAAGAAGAAGCAGAUGAGCGAACUGCUCAAAGCUGCUCAGAGGAAAGCCGACUUACUGCAAGAUAGCAUUGAUGCUCUGGAAAGAGAAAAGGAGGAGUUGGAGAGCAAUCUCGAGGAUGCGGUCCUUCAGGCUGAGACCAGUAAAGAAGAGCUGGAGGAAGAAAGGCAAAAGGUGGAGGAAGAAAGGAGGGAUCUUAAUGAGGAGCUAUUGAAACUCUCUUCCACUCUGGACAACCUGAGAUCUGAAAAGGAGCAAAUGGAGAGAGAGCUCCAAACAAAAAAUCUAGAGCUGGUGGAGCUGAAGGCUGCCAAAGAGGAGCUGGAGCGAGGGUUGGAGAGGGCCGAGGUGGAUCGUAGAGAAGAAGAGGUGAGGCAGAGAUGCAGGGUUGAGGAGUUGGAGAAGGGAAUGAAGGAGGAAAUGGAGAAGCAGACGAGGCAAGUGGACGACCUCCAGGUGCAGCUUGAAGCAUCCCGUCAGCGUGAGAUCUCCCUUAAAGAAAAGAGCGCAGAAACAGAUAGGGAGCGAGAAAGGAUCCAAUGUCUUUUGGGGGAGUUUGAGGAGGAGAAACGAUGUCUGCAGAGCUCACUAGAGAAAUGGAAGACGGAAGGGGAGAACUGGGAGGGACAGAAAAACAAGCUAAUGGUUCGCAUUGAUAUUCUGGAAGAAGACAUUGUAAAAACAAAGGCGGCAGAGAAGGAAGCGUUGGAGCAGGUAGAAGGAGAAAACAGGCGGCUAGUGGAGGGAAGAGACAGACUUCAGCAGGAGAACCAAAAGCUUAAUUCGAGCAAGGAAGAGGACAGACAGAACCUGGAGGUGGAGAUAAAGACGCUUCAGUCGUCUUUGAUGCUGAUGGUAGAAGAGAAGGAGUGUAUGACCUCGGCUCUUUCUACAUUAGAAGAAGAGAAGCAAAAAGCUCAAUGUGGCGAGAAGAAACUGUCAGAGGAGCAAAAGAGCCUUCAGUCCACAGUUACCACCUUGGAGGAGCAGCUAGAAGCAAAGCAACUCUCUGUCUCAAAGCUCACUGAGCAGGUGUCCGAGCUGUCGUCUCGUAUCGCCCGUCUGGCCAAACAGAGAGAGUCGGCCAACACUAAGUUAAAUCUUUGGAUGAAGACGUGCAAGCAGCUGGAGCAAGAGAAGCAGCUCAUACUGAGCAGCUCAGAUGGGCAGAGCAGUGAGGAGGUGAAACAGCUGCAAGCAGAGGGGAAGAAGGAGGUUGAAGAGCUAACCGCUUCCCUUAAGGAGGCAAGGGCAGAGUUUGAGGUGAAAAACAAGGAGGUGGAAGAACUAAAGGCAGCCCUGGAGGAGGUCAACGGUGAGUUAAAAGAAGUCAACCAACUUGUGGACGAGAAGACAAAGGAGGUGGACGACACCAUGAACAAAUACUGCAGCUUGAUGUUAGAGGUGCACAAACUAGAGGAGGCCAAUGAGGUUCUGACGACAAGGCUGCAGCACCUGACUGCCAGCAAACACGCCAACAAGGACAAGCUCCACGGCCGCCGGCGCUCUGCAAGAACUUCCGCUUCCGUAGAAGAGGAGAACACAGAGAACACGGCUCCUCCCACUCCUCAGAGGUCUCCACAGGGAUCCACCUCCGGGAAGAGGGCUCAUAGAGACAUGCGCGAUAAAGACAGCGCUCAGGAGGCCCUUCACAACCUCACCAAGAAGAUCAAAGCCAAUGCUGUGACCACGCCUAAUAGAAGAAGUGACCAGGAGGAGGAAUUCCAGCCUGAGGGACUUCCAGAGCUGGUACAGAAAGGGUUUGCUGACAUUCCAAUGGGGGAAGCCAGCCCCUUCAUCUACAGGAGAACCACUGUGAGGCGCUGUAGCCCUCGACUGGCCGCCAGGCAGACAACCACCACAUCAGACAGCAAGGUGUUGCAACCUUUAUUCCAGCAGAGUCCACAGUCUGCAGACGCCUUAAGCAGGAAGUGUCUAAGUGGAGAAGAAAAGGACAUGGAAGAAGAUAAAUGUCAUGUUCAGUAGGAAUACAUAAAUACACUGCGCGCAAGUGCAUGUGUUUAUAUACCGUUUAUAAUUACACUCCACUUGUUAACAUCACUCACACCAAACCUGAAUCAUCGUGCACCUUUUUGGUUUAUUACACUAUUGUAGAUAUUUAGGAAUAGCAGGAAUGUUUUAGAACACCACUAAAAUUGUCUUUGAAUGUAAGCUAAUUUUACUGUAUAUACUUCACUGUCCUAAGCCUGUGUGCAUUGUACAGCCUAUAGUAGACCAUAUUUACAAGGAUUCAUUACUUUCUUUGUAAUGGCAGCUACUUUUUAUAUCGCCAAUUAGAUUUUAAUAGUUUCUUUAAUUGUGUCUUUGCUUUGUGGCAUCUCCUAAAUUUCGAGCUUUUAUUUACAUGAAACAUGCUCAUUGUCUCAGAUGCACUUUUAUGAUGAUGUUUUUUUUAUUUUCUAUUACUAAACGUGUCUAAA